AUGGAUCCUGCCGCUGCGUGGCAAGAAGUGGCGCGCUUCCACGAGACGAGCAUCGCCACGUCUGCUCACAUGUACGGCCUGGACCAGGAGAACGCACUGGUGCGCGAGUUCCUGGCAAAGGUCCCGAUCGCAGCGCUCUUUGCGUGUCUACAGGACGCCAGCGACCGCGGAUCGAACAAAGAGGUGAAGCAGGCGUGCAAGUGCAUCAAUCGCGUGCUAAGUUCCAGCACCGACGGCGCGAGUCUCUUUUUCCAUCCAGACACCGUUCCUUUCGUGCUGGCGGGUCUGUCUCACGUGGAGAAGCAGGCGAGAGAGCUCGUGGCGGACCAGUUCAUUGCGCAACUCGGCAGAAGACCGUCGCCGGAUCAGUAUAAAGCUGUGGCAGACCCUUUGGUUCUAGAGCGAUUAUGUAGCGUGGUCAGCGAUGACGAUGUUGAUGUCGCUUCCAAGGCUUCGACGGUGCUCGAAAUGUUCGCAAGCAUGCCCGAGAGCGGAAUCUACCGAGCAGUGCUGGACUCGCUCAAGAAAAGAGCGCAGAGCAGUGAAAUUACUCUGAACUCGAUCGAGUAUAUGCGGUAUUUGGAAACGAUCGUGAAGAUCUGCGCUCAAGAGGAUACUCAUGUGGAAUAUGGCAUCUCCGUGGGUGCCAUCGACUUGGUUGUGGACUGCUUACGAUCCAAUGAUCCUCUUUUCUUGAUGAACGUCGUUGAGUUGGUCCCGGCAAUCUGCCAGACGAAGAUCGGUGUCGAAUAUAUCGUCAAGUCAGGAACGCUGAAAACUCUGUUGGACAUGACGCAAGAUCCGUUUGUCGGAGGAAACGUGAUUCGACUCGUGGGUGAGAUCUCGGCUACAGCAGCGAGGGUCAACAUCAAGACGUGGACUUGGGGCGAUGCCACUCUUUCAGACGCUUUUUUGGAAACGGUGGAGAGCAAAAUGCAGAGCUCGGAUUCACUGCAGCAGAUUGCAGCGAUGGACGCGCUCGCUGCAUUCGGCUCUACGUCGGACAAAGAGAUGCACGUUUUGCUUCAGCAUCGAAGCAUUUGUCAAAAGUGGAUGAGCUUCAGUACGAGUACAAAGCUGCCCGUGAAAAGCAACUGCUUUCACUCCAUCGCGCGUGUUCUCGGGGCACAUACGCGACUCGUGAGGCAGCUCGACGACGUGCCAAAUGAGACACAAGAAGUCUGGAGCCUGUGCGAGCGCUUGUUCAACAGCCUCGGGCCCGAGGGCGCGCAGCAGUCCACGAUGGUGUUGCUGAUGAACACGCUGAAGCAGCCAUUCGAGGAGUUACGAACGUCCGUGUUCCACGUGCUGCGCUCCGUGGCGGCGCAAAACAAUCCAUGGGGUAUGCGCGUGCUGCGAUCGUACGGCGGCUUUUUCGAGUUCCUCUUGGACCGCACGACCGAAGCGACCAAAGACGCGCGCGAGUGGAAAUUUGCCGUGCUCGACGCCGUACUCGCCUCGCCGUUCCAGUCGCAAUUGGACGACUCGCUGCACGAAAAGCUAAGAGCGAAUUUGGCUCAAGGCCCAUACGCUCGAGCGCCGGCGUUGGCCGAAAUGGUCCUCGAGUCGGCGUAG